UCGGCGAUACAGCCAAUACGUCGGCCACAGGAUCAGCGAAAUCCUCGAAACAUCCGAAGCACACGAAUGGAGAUGGAUCCCUAGUAAACAAAAUCCUGCCGAUAACGCCACCAAGUGGAGUAGUCUUCCAGAAUUGUCAUCUGGAGACAGGUGGUUCAACGGUCCCGACUUUCUUCGGUGCCCUGAAGAUGACUGGCCGGAACCGCAUAAUCGCAAAGAUUCGACCGACAACGAAUUACGCCCAUCGCUCCUAGUACAUCACACUUUGCCGGAGCAAGUGCUCCGUGUCAACGACUACUCGACUUGGGAGAGACUACGCAAGGUUGUCGCAUACGUCCACCGAUUCAUCGAUAAUUGCCUUCACAAGAGCCGAGAAGCUCCUACAGACAUUGGUCCACUUGAUGCAAUGCAAUUUCUCAAAGCCGAUCGAACCCUUAUUCGACUCUGCCAGCAGGAAUGCUACCCCGAUGAGAUGACGACGCUACAAAGUACAACCAAACGACCCGAAACCACGAUGACUGUUCAAAAAUCUAGUUCAUUGUAUAAGCUGACACCCUGGCUGGACGAUAACGGAAUCAUGCGCAUGCGAACCCGCAUUGCUGCAUGCCACUACGCCACUGAUGAUGCCAAGAACCCAGUUAUUCUUCCGCAAAAACACCACAUUACCCACCUGAUCGUGGCACACUACCACCGCAAAUAUCAUCACCACAAUCACGAGACGGUAAUAAAUGAAAUCCGUCAGAAAUACCGCAUCCCUCGCCUGCGUGUCUGUUAUAAGCAAGUACGUAAAGAUUGCCAGCAGUGCAAAAAUCAACACGCAGUUCCAAAUCCACCAUUCAUGGCGGAUCUUCCACCCGCCCGGCUCGCAGCGUUCGCACGACCUUUCACGCACAUCGGGAUUGACUAUUUCGGUCCAAUCGAAGUUACAGUCGGCAGAAGAGUGGAGAAGCGAUGGAUAAUGCUUGCCACGUGCCUGACUAUUCGAGCAAUCCAUCUGGAAGUAGCACACUCCCUUAGCACAAGCUCCUGCAUUAUGGCUCUCCGAAACCUUAUGGCCCGCCGCGGCACACCACAGAAGAUCUACAGUGACCGCGGCACGAACUUUGUAGGUGCGAAUAGAGAGUUGAUGCAGAGCAACGAAGCCAUGGUCGAGCACGAAUUUGUGAAGGAGUUCGGGAGUUCCGGAAUCGAGUGGGCCUUCAAUCCGCCUCUCACACCACACAUGGGUGGUAGCUGGGAGCGGUUGAUCCGCACUGUCAAGAACAACCUGGCUUCUAUGUGCUCGUCGGCAAGGCCAUCCGACGAAGUUCUUAGAAAUUUGCUGACUGAAGUUGAGAACACCGUGAACUCGCGGCCCCUCUCUCACGUUCCGAUAGACGACGACUCGGCUCCAGCGUUGACCCCGAACCACUUCCUGCUCGGUUCGUCCAAUGGAACGAAACCGUUAACCGACCUCGACGACAGCAGUGCAGCACUCAAGCAGAACUGGACGAAAUCCCAGAUCCUGGCAAAUCAAUUUUGGAGACGGUGGGUAACAGAUUAUCUACCAGAAAUUACACGAAGGAGUAAGUGGUUUCAACAUCCGGAACCGGUCACCGUCGGAGAUAUCGUGAUAAUUACCGACCCGAAGUUGCCUCGCAACGUUUGGCCAAAAGGGAAAAUCAUCGCCACCAAAGUAAGUACCGACGGACAGGUUCGGUCCGCAACUGUGAGGACUUCAAGUGGGAUUUACAAUCGCCCAGCGACUAAGUUGGCAGUUCUGGAUGUUCGGUGCGACGGUGAGUAA